CGCGAAUGUGUAGCCAGUGAUAUAUCGGAUUGCGUUGCUACACUCUUCUUUAAUAAUGUGAUAGGAGACCUCGACUGAACAAUUUAUUGGAUAUCGUUUUGAGCAGAUCCAAAAAUGAGCACGAUCUUGGAAAAAAUUGCCUCAAUCGAGGCUGAGAUGGCUCGUACUCAGAAGAAUAAAGCAACUUCUGGACAUUUAGGUUUGCUGAAGGCAAAACUAGCCAAGCUCAGACGUGAGCUAAUCACUCCAAAGGGUGGUGGUGGAGGUGGCGAGCAAGGUUUUGAAGUCGCUAAAACUGGUGAUGCUCGUAUUGGCUUUGUCGGUUUUCCUUCUGUGGGAAAAUCUACAUUGUUGAGUACACUCGCUGGCGUAUAUUCCGAAGUAGCUGAGUAUGAGUUCACAACACUCACAACUGUUCCUGGUUGUAUAAAAUAUAAAGGUGCAAAAAUACAGUUGUUAGAUCUUCCAGGUAUUAUAGAAGGCGCAAAAGAUGGCAAGGGACGUGGACGACAAGUCAUUGCCGUGGCACGAACAUGCAGCUUAAUCUUCAUCGUUUUAGAUGUGCUCAAACCACUCGGACAUAAGCGACUGAUUGAACACGAAUUGGAAGGUUUUGGUCUCCGAUUGAAUAAACAGCCACCAAAUAUAACCUUCAAAAAGAAGGACAAAGGUGGUAUUAAUUUACAAACAAUGUGCCCACAAUCUGAACUAGAUUUUGACACAGUGAAAAUGAUCUUGUCAGAAUACAAAAUUAGUAAUGCGGACAUUACACUAAGGUACGAUGCUACCUCAGACGAUUUGAUUGACGUUAUAGAAGGGAAUCGCGUUUAUAUCCCUUGCAUUUAUCUCUUAAAUAAAAUAGAUCAAAUAAGCAUAGAAGAACUAGAUAUUAUUUAUAAAAUUCCACAUUGUGUGCCAAUCUCAGCCCAUCAUAAAUGGAAUUUUGAUGAUCUAUUAGAGAAAAUGUGGGAUUAUCUACAACUUGUUAGGAUUUAUACAAAGCCGAAGGGACAACUCCCAGACUACAACGCACCCGUAGUACUAAACACCGAAAAGCGAACUGUUGAAGAUUUUUGUAAUAAGCUUCAUAGAUCAAUCGCAAAAGAAUUUAAAUACGCAUUGGUAUGGGGCUCAUCCGUAAAACAUCAACCCCAGAAGGUAGGGAAGGACCAUCUUCUUUGUGACGAGGAUGUUGUGCAAAUUGUGAAGAAAGUGUGAUAUUGUUUUUCUUGCACAGUCGUUUAUUGGCAGCACAAAUAAACUUAACUAAUGAGAUUAAUGAUAUAUUUAAAAAGACCAUUUUAAUUAAUUAUAAAAUUUUAAUUAAUUAUAAAAUUUUAAUUAAUUAUAAAUUAUAUAUACAAUCAUAUAAUACAUGAUUUAAAUCGCUAUUUGAUCGAUGAGAAGAUGCAGAUACAACAUAAAUGAUGAAAAAUUGUGGUUAAAUCUUAUAUCUUCAUCAACAUUAUAAAUGCAUUUGGUUUCACAUGUGAAACUGUAUAUAAAAUAAUAAUCAGAUUUAUAUUUUAUCAUUUAAAUGUCUUGAAUGAGAGAGAGGGAGGGAGGCGUGUACAAGUCUCGAACCUCUUAAAUAUCUUGAAUAAGCAUUUUUGAAAAAAAUUUCAUACAAAAGUUAUAGGAUUUCAAAGCUUGAACUCCGACGAGAUUACCAGAAGUUGCGCUGCGCGCCGCACAUCGACAUGUCUUUUUAUACUACCAUAGCAAUAUCUAUUCACAGCAAUCUAUAAUG